CUAGGCGAACCGAGGACCUUCGCGCCUGCACUUGCCUAUACAAUUCUGGCUUUGCGUGCAGCUCAAGAGGCGAGCAAGAGUGUUUACAUUCGCUAUCCAGACGGCGGUCAACUAACAUCCAUCCGCUGCAUCAGGAGCAUAACCAUUGAAGGAUCAGUAUAAGAAUUGAAAGCUGAACUGAUCGAAGAAUAGUAAUAAAUACUUAGAAGAAGGAAGCUGCAGGACUCGAACAAAAACAAAAACUGUGUGAUCCAGUGUGAUGUGUAGUGCGAAGCCACGUGUUCGUUAAAAGUGUGUUAACUUUGCAAGAACGACGCGGACGCGAACGUUCGCGUCUUCCAAGUUACCACGACGGCGUCGCCAGCAGCCAUGACCCAACACAGCGACGCUUCCAGCGACCGCUCCGAGGUGUCUGUGACACCACCGCCGCCGGUCUCCAAGAUGCUGGAGUUCGCCAGCCAGCAGAACCUUAGUUUCCUCAACCUGGAGCACAGAAACAUGCUAGCAGCACCUUUGGCCGCCCUCCACUCCAUGACUGAGAUGAAGACGCAACCGCAUCUGACGGCCGACCACCUGCACAGCCAGGAAAAAAGUGACGCGGAUGUCCUGUUGGAGCGUACAAGUUUGCACGUAGAACGCUCCAGCUUGAUAUCAAGGAGUCCUCUCGGUGCCACCUCGAACAGUAACAGCUCGCAGGGCGCGAAUCCUCACGGCAUCGACCACAUCCUGUCGAGGCCGUCGCAGGUGACGACAGGGCCGCUGCACUUCCCGCAUAGCAUCAGCUUCUCUCAGAACUCGCUGGGGAUGGCCUCCAACAACGCGCAGGGACCGUCGAACUCCGGCUUGAGGGGCUUCAAUAUUGCCGCCGCCGCUUUCUUCCAUCACCACGCCGCCAAUUCGGUGAACAAGCCGCCCGUAGAGUUGGGUCGGUCCGCCGGCGGACUCUACUGGCCCGGCUUCCAAGGUCUCGUCGCCAAUCCCAUCGCCUGGAGGGACAGAUUAUCCGCAAGAAUGAACCAACGUUCCGGACUACCCAAUCUCGAUUACUGCAUGAAUCAAGGAGGCCUCAGCGUCGCAUCCGACAAAGACGCUAAGAAGAAACACACAAGGCCGACAUUCUCUGGACAACAGAUCUUCGCUCUGGAGAAAACAUUCGAACAGACCAAAUACCUGGCGGGUCCUGAGCGAGCCAAGCUUGCCUACGCUUUGGGGAUGACCGAAUCGCAAGUCAAGGUAUGGUUCCAGAACCGGAGGACAAAAUGGCGAAAAAAGCACGCCGCCGAAAUGGCAACCGCAAAGCGGAAACAGGAAGUCCUCGACAACCAGACGGACGAGAACAGCGACGUCAUAUCCGACAACGAGGAGGAGCAUUUGGCCAAGAGACCCAACCUCCAGUGAAGCCCCAAAAAAAAUUCUUCUCGACAAAAAUAGAGAGAGUAAAAUGUUUUGUAUAUAAACUGAAACAGUGUAGUGAACGAGUGCAGAUACGACACACACACUAAACCACUUACAUGUACACAGACACACACAGAGAAACACAUGCAGACAUAGCCAGAGACAUUUCGUUUUUAGUGACCUGUAAAAAUGUUACAUAUUAUAUGUAUACGCGUAUAAACGUUAUUCAUUAAAUUGCAAGUAGGAAAAGGGACAAAAGCCCUUUUCGCUUUGUCGCAUCAUUCCCUGAGGCGAUGGAAACGCCUGAAAAAUUUUGAAAAAAAAAAUGAAAAAAAUCAAAAUAAAGGGAAUGAUUCAAUGUAUAUACGAUGUUGAUUUUUGUUAUUUGUUCGUUUCAAAACUAUUAUUAUUAUUAUUUGAAAAAUAUAUUUUUGACUUUCAUUUUGU